AUGGCUCAUGGCGAGCCUCAACAAAUCGACACCGUCAUUGUUGGAAACGGCCCCUCGGCCCUGAUCUUGUCCUACAUUCUUCACGGCAACAUCCCCUGCUACGACGAGUCGAGUCCGCAUCCCGACCACAUCCUCCACGACAAGCUCGUUCGAUGGUGCCAACAGCAACACCAUGACCAUGACGAUGCCCUCGCCGACAAUCUCCUCAACCUCGACAUCGACGCCCUGACAGAGCACUUCACCGCCUCGAGAUUCUCCUACUCGACCCAAGCCCUCCCCGUCAACGUGCUGCUGGACACACUAGUCCGACCGCUAGGAGAGACGGACGACGCGCAGAAGAAAACAUGCGUGAAAUGGCGUCACGACUCUUCUCAAGCGGUUUCGCAUCUGGUGGUAGGCAACACGCCGCGGGCUGGCGGGCAAUGGGUGGACAACCCGGUCCAUGCGAGUUGGGAUAUCGGAACACUGAGCUAUGCGGGCAUGAUAUCGUUGCCCGAGUAUGGAUUUGACGAGCAUUACGAGCGACGACAUGGGCGACCGAUGCCCGUCUACCUGCGCCCAUCGAGACGCGCUGUGGCGGACUAUCUUGCGGCAUAUCCUGAGCAAGUGGGAAUCAACGAUUCCAUAUCCAAUGGCCAACAGGUCUCGGGAGUCUCACGACACGGGGGUGGAUUCUAUAUUGCAUCACAUAACAUCCUGUGCAGGAAUCUUGUUCUCGCGUCAGGGAUCUUCAGCCACAUGAUCCCGCCGCCGCCGCUGCUACAGGCCCUUGCAAGUCUACCUGACAACAACGCGGAGAUGGAGACGGACGCUCUUCUCGUGAUAGGCUCUGGCUUCAGCGCCGCCGACGUGAUCAUAUCAAGUGCCCCAACCCGCAAGAUUCUGCAUGUCUACAAAUGGGCUCCCUCGACAUCUCCGUCGCCUCUACGAGCGUGCCAUCAGCAAGCAUACCCCGAAUACGCCGGAGUCUACAGACGGAUGAAGCUGGCCGCCAUCUCCAGCUCACAUCAACAACCCAAAGACAAGCGUUCGCAUCGACGUCCACGUCCACGCCAGCGUCAUGCGCAAUCAGACUUCGACCUCAGUCGAGACUGGGACUCGACGUACGAGGGCCUUCCGAAUGCCGAAAUCGCCGAUGUGGAAAUGCCAGACGACGGGACCGCUCUGGUGACAUUCACAAUGAGAACUGGUUUUGCUGAUCCUACUGGUUCCGCUGAUCCCAAUGCAUCUGCGCCCUCUUUCCAGCGCCGAGUCAGUGGUCUCGCAUAUGUCGUCGGCCGACGCGGUUCACUAGAGUACUUGUCACCAGAGCUCCUGAAGGAAGUUCUUCCCCGUGACACAUCCUCCCGAGACAAGAGAGCCAUGGUCUCCGGACAUACGCUGCGCGAGAAGGCGAACGCGGACCUCGAAGUAGCGCCGCAUGUCUUCAUCAUCGGAAGUGUGACUGGUGACUCGUUGAUCCGAUUUGCCUAUGGUGGAUGUACCUAUGCGGCCGGGAAGAUCAUGACCCGCCGCUCGUCGGCUGGUGGUGCAAACGGAAACAGAAAUGGAAGUGGAGGUGGCUCCAACGCUGCAAAUGGCGAGUCGCUUCUCGCGUCGACUGACAAAGACAAAGACAAGGGCAUGAAUAGCAUCCAUGUCUCCCUCCGAGAGAGUGCGGGUCGAUGCCAGACGCCGUCGCCCAAGAUUCCUGCCAUGAACGGCCUCGACGGCCAUGCGCCGAGUCCGGCGAGUCUUGCAGAAAAGGGCAUGUCGCUGGACAGACGGAAGGAAUCGUGA